CCUCCGACGUCUCUCUCAUCCCCUCCAUUCCAAAACUGACGCUGAAAAUAUGGGAACCUCAAGACGCUCUUACGGCCUCGUGGUAAUGGGGACGAUCUUGGCUUUUCACGCACUUGUCUGCUCAUCCGCCACCAUCGAUUUCGGCGGCCUCUUCCCGGUUAAAUCCGAGUGCCGCGGAUCCACCGCCGACUGCCUACUUUUGGAGAACGAGGGAGAGUUGUUUGGGUCGGAGUUUGAGAUGGAAUCAGAGAUCAGCCGGCGCAUUCUGGCGACCUCGAGGUACAUAAGCUACGGUGCGCUGAGGAGGAACACUGUUCCCUGUUCCCGACGCGGCGCUUCCUACUACAAUUGCCGUCCCGGUGCCCAAGCCAAUCCCUACCGUCGUGGCUGCAGUGCCAUCACUCGCUGCAGAAGUUGAAAUUCUUUUCUCAUUUUCUCUCGUAAACGUUACUGUGAUAUAUAAUAGCAAGAAAAUAGAAUUUCCUUGUUCUCAUCUAUAUCAUAAUCAUUUGUAGUCAUUUCAUAAAAAUAUUCUUAAGAUUUUAUAUGUUAUAUGCUGGCAAAGAGAGAGAUUUAUAAGUUGGAUUGAAUUGAAAUCAUGGCUCAUUAGUAGUCA